UCUGACUGAGUGGCUCAGCGCUCGACCUGGAAAGGGUGGAUCCUAGAUUCCACUGAAAACACUGAGCAGAAAACCCGCCGUUCCAGAAUUCAGACUCUCCCUGAAGCCGUUGAAGUGACCGGAUCUGAUGACUGAGGUCCAGUAUGACUCGUCCUCUCAUGCUGCUCGUCCUCAUUCACCUUUGUGGCCUGCUGGGCUGCUAUGGAUUCAAAAUCUGUGCCUUUAAUGUUCAGAGUUUUGGUGACUCGAAAGCAGGAGAUAAAAACAUUUUACACACACUAACACAGAUUGUGUCGCGUUGUGAUGUGUGCUUGCUCCAGGAGGUCAGAGAUCACAAGAAGAAGGCCAUUCCUGAGCUGCUCAGGAGCCUCAACAACUUUGACCGCAGUCACCAGUAUGACUAUGUGUCCAGUGGCCGUCUUGGCAGAUCACAAACAUAUCAGGAGCAAUAUGUGUUUGUAUUCAGGAGGGACGCUGUGAGGCUGAAAGAUCAGUAUCAGUAUCCUGACACGCAGAAAGGGGAUGAGGACGCUUUCGCCAGGGAGCCCUUUGUGGUGCGAAUCCAAGCACCUAAAACAGUGAUUGGCGAGUUUGUUCUGAUCCCAGUACACACAUCACCCACAAACGCCACCAAAGAGAUUGAUGAGCUCUAUGAUGUCUUUGAGGAUGUUAGACAGAGGUGGAGGACGGAGAACAUGAUGUUUCUUGGCGACUUUAAUGCGGCCUGUGGAUACGUAGCCAAGAAGAACAGGAAGAACAUAAGACUGUACACUGUGUCCUCUUUCACCUGGCUGAUAGAAGACAAACAGGACACUACAGUGAGAGAAUCCACGGACUGUGCCUACGACAGGAUAGUGGUGCAUGGAGAUCACUUUCUCAGAGCUGUAGUGCCAUUUUCAGCACGGCCAUUUAACUUUGCCAGGGAAUACCAUCUCACUGAGGAGGAGGCCCUAAAAGUAAGUGACCACUACCCAAUAGAGGUUGACUUGAAGACCAUGUCAGGAAGCACACGGGAAAGUACACCUCCGUACCUGUUGCCUCUGACCUUUGGCUUCAUCCUCCUGUUGCAACUGAAUGCAGACUGAGGUGCUGAAGGUGGAAAAUUUUCAAAGCCAGUAUGAGAUGAAAUACAAUUGCACUGAUGUUAAUACUUGAAUCUCUUCCAUGCCAAAAAUCUAGCCUAGAGCUUAUACCAAGUGCCUUAAAAUAAAUAAGGCAAGUCCCAUCUGUGCAUUUCACUACCUUCUGAGCUCAGGCUUUUAAGACCUCAGCAACAAAUGACUCUGCAUGUUUCUUUUAACUUUGUAAUAAAAUGUUUUAAUAUGACAUGGCAACA